AUGUCUGAGCAACCAGAAGAGACCGGUUCAAAAAAAGCGUCGAAAGAAACUCUUGGAAGCAAAAAAAGCACCAGCUCUAAAAAAGCCUCAGAUGGCACCCUAAAAAGCACCAGUUCCAAAAAAGGUUCGCAAGACACAAUAACGAGCAAAAAAAGCACCAAAUCGACCGAAGAAGAAAACGAGACAAAAGAAAAAGUACCAUGCACGUGGGAGGAGAACUUUUGCCUCAAAAACCAACCUGAAUCAACCGUGGAAAACUUCACCAGACAUUUCUGUUGCCAUCACGAUAAGACCAUGAACAUGCUGAAAGACAUAAAGGAAGAAACCGCCAACAACAAAGAAGCAGAUGAUAUUUUCUACAAGUACGAACGUUGCAACGACGCUUACAACAUGGUGCAGUUCCUUACCUUCAUGUAUUCGGAAAACUCUCAGUUCAGAUCGUUGGUGACAGCAUUCAACGACAGCUCCAAACGAGAUCCAAACACCAUACUUGACGCCUUGGUCAUACCAGAACCACCUAAAGAAAAAGUAAACUCCAUCAAGUGUUUUAACAAUGAGAACUUGUUUAACGUUGUAGCAGAUCAAGCAGAAGUCAAGCCGCCCAGAAGUUCAACUAUGAAGGAGUGCGUAUUACCCACACCAACCCCGGGAACUAGAAGCCCCGAGUGCGAUAAUGAAGCUUGCUCCACACCCGUGCCAUUGGAAAACCCUUUUCAAGUUUUUUGCGAAAACACAGACUGCGACAAAAACAAGAAACCUAAAAAGAAGUGCCGCAUAUUCCUAUCGGAUUCCGUCGAGUCCAUAAAGGAAGAAAAGAUAGAAGAACCCGAAGAACCAGGCCCUGUGCACGAGUAUUUCGAUUGCUACCCCGAAAAAUUCUGCGAGAAAAAACUCUGUUAUCCAUGCCAUUAUUAUGUUAACGACGAAGCUAUCAAACAGUUGGUAGAGGAGUAUUUGGAAUACCUCAAAAACCCUCCUCCAGAAGAGGACAAGUCUGAAGAAACUUUAACUCCUAAGACAGAAGCUGAAGAAGGGGAAGAAAAAGCUGAAGGUCAAGCAAAUGCUGAAGGUGAAGGUAAACCGGAUAACAUUAGCCAAUCCAGUAAAAAAAGCCGAUCCAGUAAAACCAGCCAGUCGAGCAAAACAAGCAAAGAAGAAACCUGCAAAUGCGACAGCUUUAGAAAGUACUACCUGGACAAAAAGAGAAAGGAACAAGAAGAUAAAGAAAUAGCGGAAGUCGUAAGGCAAUGCCCUUGCAAGCAAUGUCCGGAAGACAAAACCGAAGGAGAAGGUGAUGAACCAAGACCUCCGAAGGUUUGCCAGGAAACCUGUGCACCCUGCGAGUUAGACGAACCGGAACCGGAACCAGAACCAGAGCCGGAACCUCCAGAACCUCCUGAAUGCACUUCGCCGUGUAAGGAGCUAUUGGAAGUCAUGUUAAAAUGUCAAGAGCAAGCUUCGCAGACUCCAGAGAAAGAUGCUGAAGCUGAAUCCAAUGCGGAAGGAGACCCUGCUUCUGAUGAGGUUAAUGGAGAAGAUCAAGCUCCUGUAAAUGAAGGGGAAACUGUCUUAGAUCAAACUGCCACCGAAGAAAUCUUUCCUAAGGUGGAGAAUCUUGAAGAAGUUAAGCCUGAGGAAACAUCUGCCCCCGAAGAAAUCUUUCCUAAGGUGGAGAAUACUGAAGAAGUUAAACCUGAGGAAACAUCUGCCCCCAAAGAAAUCUUUCCUAAGGUGGAGUAUACUGAAGAAGUUAAGCCUGAAGAAGUUAAAACUACAGAGGAGGAUAAACCUGAGGAAAUCUUUCCUAAGGUGGAGAAUAUUGAAGAAGUUAAACCUGAGGAAACAUCUGCCCCUGAAGAAAUCUUUCCUAAGGUGGAGAAUACUGAAGAAGUUAAACCUGAGGAAACAUCUGCCCCCGAAGAAAUCUUUCCUAAGGUGGAAAAUACUGAAGAAGUUAAACCUGAGGAAACAUCUGCCCCGGAAGAAAUCUUUCCUAAGGUGGAGAAUGUUGAAGAAGUUCCGCCUGAAGAGGAAGAAAAGCCAAAGGUAAGUGAGGCUAAAGAGGUUGAACCUGAGAAAGCUGCUGAAGAUGCCAACAAACCGUCUAAGAAAUGGGAUGAGGUGACUCCCGCCAUUGUGUACAGAAGUCGCGGCUAA